AUGGCCUCUUUUCUUCGAGGACGACAGGCAGGUAUGCAAAAUGACCUGUCUGCUAACAUCAUCCCAGGCUCUUUCAUACCCGACGAUCGCGCGCGUUACGGUAUUAAUUCUCAGAUCAGUUGCAUCGCCUAUGAACCUAUCCAAUCUCUUCUUGCCAUUGGAACGAAUGAGUCUAAAUAUGGUAGUGGGAAGAUAUACGUCUUCGGCCAAAGCCGUGUUCAGAAACUUCUUACACUAAAAAGCGAGGUUGUCAUAUGGGAUCUAGAUACUGGCAAGAAGAUCGUUGGCUUUCGUGUGCCUGGAAUUGUCUCUUGUAUGAUUACUGACCCCGUAUUGGAUUGGUGUUUUCUAGGCACGCAAACGGGGGAGGUACAUACAUAUGAUAUUGACCGACAACGUAUGGCACCGUUUCGAAUUCCUAACCUAUGGACUGAAAACGAUCCUAGAGCUAGGGCGGUGGCUCUAGUCUCCAUGCAGCUGCACCCGCGCGACAUAGGUAAGCUGUUAAUUGCUUACACGCAUGGUAUAGUGGUCUACUCGUUCAAGCAGAACAUUCCGACCAAAUUCUUUGAGUAUCAGCUACCCCCAGGAGCUCCCGGAGGGUCAAGUCAGGCUGUCGAAUCUACGAGGAAACCAAAGGUUACCGAUGCGUUAUGGCAUCCUACUGGAACGUUUAUACUGACUGCCCAUGAUGAUGGAAGCUUGGUAUUCUGGGAUCCGAGAGAUGGGCGCGUGGUAUUGGCGCGGACUCUCUAUGAUAUCAAUAUCAACCAACCUGUGCCAAAUCCAGGCUCCUCAAGCCCCAAGCACCCGUACACUCGCAUUGCUUGGUGCUGCAAGCAGAAUCCAGAAGACAGCGGCUUGCUCAUCGCAGGUGGCCGGAAGCUGGAUGAAUCCUCAAAUGGUCUAACUUUUAUCGACCUUGGAAUUACGCCUAAUUAUGCAACUUCGUCGUGGCAGAUCCUGUCAGAUUACCUGAAAGGUAAGCACCAUGAUACUAUACAGACGCCGGCUGGAGUUGGAAUUGCAAAUUUCUUUUUGAUUCAACGCCUGUCACCUCAUUUUGCCGGUGCUCAGGACCCUAUUGCUAUCAUGACUCUACUCUCAUCGGGAGAAAUCCUCACGUUGAGUUUCCCGAGUGGCUAUCCUAUUUCCCCAACAAAUCAGCUUCAUCCGUCCGUAUCGUUUGCCCACCCAUUCGCGACGAAGUUUGGAGUUACUAUACUCGAUCGAGGGAGGUGGCUUGGAAUGGUCGAAAGUAGGAACCAGGGUGAGCCAUUGUUGAAAGGAGGUGCCGAGGCACCACGACCACGCCGGCGUUUCGAGGGGCGAACUAUCAUUCAAGUUGCACACGCAGAUAGCACGGUACGAAUUUGGGACGUGGGCCACGGUGACGAGAUCGAAAAUUCGUCCCAGCUUCAAGUUGAUGUCGCUAGAGCUCUUGACCGCUACGAGGAUGUAGAAAUUACGGCUAUGACUAUGGCUUCUACCACCGGCGAAUUCGCUGUUGGUACAAGCAAGGGUGAAGUUGUCAUCUACCGAUGGGGUGGUAAUCCGUAUUUUGGGAAACCUCCCGAUCAACACAUAGAAUCAAACCCUGGCGGCAUCACCAAUAUUAGCACCAGAGCUGAGCCGUCUCUAAAGAGUGGACUUCAGCCGCUAUCAUUAUACGAAAUGAUGCAGGGUCCAAUCAGCGUUAUAAAGGCUUCAGACGCAGGUUUCCUUGCUGUUGGAUCCGAGAAUGGCUUCGUAAGCAUCAUUGAUCUUCGAGGGCCUACGGUCAUCUUCCAAGCGCCGAUGACAGAAUUUGUUAAACGUGAAAAACGUGCGUCAUUUUUCAAAGGCCGGUCUAGCGUGUCGAUGGCUAAAGAAUGGCCCGUGGUGAUUGAAUUUGGUGUUAUGACUCUUGACGAGGACAAAUAUUCCAGCAUAUGCUGCUUCGUUGGCACAAACUUAGGAAAGGUCAUUACCUUCAAGAUACUACCGUCAAGUACGGGAUAUACUGCUACACCAGCAGGUGUUGCACACCUAAACGACAAGGUAGUAUCUAUAUGCCCUAUCGUCGCGGCGGAUGGAAAGCCCGCUCUUGCUACGGGCCAAGCUGUCGCUGGGCUCAGAGAAGGAAAACAUGUUAACGGCCUACUCGUAGUUGUUACGCAAAGCGAAGCUCGGAUUUUCAAGCCGGCAACGGCUAAAGGGGCCUCGAAAUCAUUCGACGACUACCUUUGCAAUGCCGCUGCGGUGACCGAAUUCGAAUUGCAUGGAAUGGCCUUGGUUGGUGUAUUUGGAGACCUGACGACGAGAGCUUUUAGCCUACCAGGACUCAAGGAACUAGGAAGCUAUCAACUUCCUAUGAUGGAUGGUAGCCGAUCUAGCGAUGCGAUAGUGACAGGAGGAUGGCGAUUAUUCUGCUGGACAAGUCCAUCCGAACUUGCAAUUCUUCAGGCGUGGGGUACAGGUUUACCAUUGGAGAAUACGGCUGAUCAGUUAAUAAAUCCUAACCUCGAAAUACCCCCGAGGCCGACAAUUUCAAAUGUGCAAUGGAUCUCGGGCACACAAUAUGUCACACCGGCAGACCUGGACCUUUUGAUCGGUGGCCCCGAUCGACCUCUUAGUAAGCGCAUGAACGCUUCAACGGCGGCGAUCGAACGAGAUCUAGGAGCGGGCCCCGGCUCAGGAUCCGGUAGUCAAGAGGGUUGGGGCGAUUAUCUCACCAGGCAACUGAAUGAGCGUACAGAGAAAUUGAACCUCAUGAACGACAGUCUGGAUUCCGCCGCAGAUAGUAGCCAAAGAUGGGCUGAUGAUGUUAGUAAGUACGUCAGCCAACAGAAAAGAAAGAUGAUUUUUGGGAGCGUUGUGGGCAAGUUCUCGUAG